AUGUACCAGAGCCUGGCGCUGGCCCCGAGCCCCGGUCAGACCGCCUACGCGGACUCGGGCGCCUUUUUGCACACGCCGGGCGCCGGCCCCCCGGUGUUUGUGCCGCCCGCGCGGGUCCCCUCCAUGUUGCCCUACCUGCCGGCGUGCGAACCCGGCCCGCAGGCUCCCGCAAUCACCGCGCACCCCGGCUGGGUGCAGGCGGCCGCGGCAGACUCGUCAGCGUUUGGCUCCGGCAGCCCCCACCCACCCGCCGCUCCGCCGCCGGGGACCACUGCCUUCCCCUUUGCGCACAGUUCCCCGGGGCCCGGAGGUGGCACAGGGACCCGGGACAACGGCGCCUUUCAGGGCGCGAUGCUGGCUCGGGAGCAGUACCCACCAACGCUCGGGAGGCCCGUGAGCUCCUCGUACCCCACAGCCUACCCCGCCUACAUGAGCACCGAAGUGGCCCCGUCCUGGACUUCUGGACCCCUGGACGGCAGCGUCCUGCACAGCUUACAGGGUCUCCCGGCUGGCCUCCCUGGCCGCAGAGCCACCUUCGCGGCUGAGCUCCUGGAGGAGUUCCCGGGCGAGGGGCGCGAGUGCGUCAACUGCGGGGCCCUGUCCACGCCGCUUUGGCGCCGCGACGGCACCGGCCACUACCUGUGCAACGCCUGCGGCCUCUACCACAAGAUGAACGGUGUCAACCGGCCCCUCGUGCGGCCACAGAAGCGCCUGUCCUCAUCCCGCCGGGCUGGCCUCUGCUGCACCAACUGCCACACCACCACCACCACCCUCUGGCGGCGCAACGCAGACGGCGAGCCAGUGUGCAACGCCUGCGGGCUCUACAUGAAGCUGCACGGGGUACCGCGGCCCCUGGCGAUGAAGAAAGAGAGCAUCCAGACACGGAAACGGAAGCCGAAGAACAUUGCCAAGACCAAGGGCUCCUCAGGGUCUGCAGAGCACGCCACAGCCUCCCCACCAGCCUCUGUCCCUGACCCAGAGGUUUCAGCAGCCACUUUGAAGUCCGAGCCCAGCCUGGCGUCCCCUUCAUGCCCUGGGCCCAGUGUCACCUCCCAGGGCUCUGCACAGGUGGAUGACCCCCUGGCCCCCAGCCACUUGGAGUUCAAGUUCGAGCCUGAGGACUUUGCUUUGCCUUCUGCAGCCCUGGGCCAGCAGGCUGGCCUUGGCGGGGCCCUGCGCCAGGAGGCCUGGUGUGCACUGGCCUUAGCCUAG